AAAGUGGGUGUGAUUUCUGUGAUUUUACUUUACAAUUAGCCUUGAGCCAUGUGUGUGCUUUGUGUUUCUUCAAUAAAUUAAUCUCUUUUUAUGCGAUCUGCUUGGAAUCCAUACAAAUAUCACAUAAAUCUGACAAAUUUAAUACACUGCAGUAGAGAUUACCAGAAGAUCGUUGCAGAAGCGGAUCUCUUAUAUUGACUGGAUUGACCGCCACAGGGUAGCAAGGAUAUCUGUUUAAUUUCAUCUAAAAUUCUGAAUAAAUAUCCUUGAAAAUGUCCACAAGAUGGUACCCACUCUACCAAAUGGGCAAUCCACAGCUUCGUAUUUUCCUGCCCAACUUCUUCAUGAAAUUGGUUAAACCAAAGUACAGCGAGCCACCGAACAGAGUUACGUUUGAAGUCUCGAUGGGAAUGUCAAGAUAUGACGUGAAAAACUACUUGGAGAAGAUUUACAAAAUUCCAGUCAUCAGCGUUCAAACGCGAGUAACACCUGGAGAGCUGAAGACAACCGCUGGCUAUGUCACAAAAGAAGAUGACUACAAGACUGCUUUUGUUGUACUGGAAAAGUCUGUAAACUUUAGUUUCCCGGACUUGUUUGCUGCUGGAUUGAAAGAAAAAGAGUAUGAAAAAGAAAUGAAGUCAUUGGAAGCUACAAAAAGAGAAUAUAGGAAACAACAAGAACGAAAUGCUAAUAGGCCUGGACUCCCAGGUUGGUUUUCGUUUUAACCCUUAAGAUUGAUCAGCCCACUUUAGCUGUACUAAUAAAUGUAGAAAACUUA